UAAAAAAAAACAUCUGAAAGAACUUGUUACAGUUUAAGAAAUGUUUUAGUUUGUGAGAAAAACGGCUAAAUUUUUAAUUGUAAGCAACUUUUUAUCGUUUCAAUUUGCGUGUCACUUGUGCUGAGUUAUAUAGUCUUCAUCAAAGGAUGCCAUCUGCUUAUACUGGAAAGGAAAUCAAACCGAUCAAAUUCUCAGGUUGUUUUGUUGUGUCUGCACAGCUGCCAUUGAUUUUGUUCAAUUAGGACCCUGUGAAACCUUUGGAAACACAAUGGAACAAGAAAAGAUCUUCCAUUGUUUGGUUCUACUCAAAGAAGGCUGGAGCACAUAUUCUCUUUCUGCCCGUCCUCGGGGAAGUGGCCGGUCGUUACGCCAGACGUAAUUGUCUGCGUCCAGCUCACUCAUGUUCUGUGGCAAAUAGAAACCUUGAGACAUGCGUUAUUCCCACUGGUCCUAUUCCUCGGCGCAGCCCCCCGCGAUAUACUACUGGGCCUACCAAAUGUCGGACCAAAGGCACGCAGGUCAUGACAGGUAGCACGUCAAUGUUAAUAAUCACAUUGAAAUUGGAUUUGGGACCAUCCCACGCCAAUUACAGUCUUAAAGAUGAUAGACGCAUAUGAGUUUAUAGAAGGUUAAAGCCCCGCAAAGGAAUUAGCGAACAGUAUCCAUUUUCACUGAAUGAGGUUACGUAACAUCCUAGUGUAAAAGCCAAACAAAAGCAAGUAAUAACUGACUAAAAACAAAUUCUUCGAGUCAAAUUGGACUAUCGAUCGAGAAGUAAUCGACUCUUUCUUUACGGUGGUUCACUCGUCCAGAAAGUAAAUUAGCUUUCUGAAAAGUAAAAAAAUUUUGAAAAUCCAAGAAAAACAAACUCACGAACAACUUAAAUUAUCUGCAUCUCAACUUAUCGUACGUACGCAUGGCAUUCGGAAUUCUGCAUGCUUUCUGAUUGAUGAACACCCCCGUAUUAAGCCCGAGUUUUCUUUUUAUGAUCUAGUUUGUGUUUCCCAGCCUAGAAAAAGUAGCUACAACCUUCAGCUUUAAGGCUUCAACGAUUAGAAGAUGAUUCAUCAAUCUGUGAACAGCAAUGUCAGCCUUACAGGACCGAAUCAGCAGGCAACAAUGUAAGCUAAAACAACUACGACUAAGACAACCAUCUCUGCAAAAAUUGAAGAUGGAUGAACUCUAAAAAGGCACUGUUUGUCAAGUAUGAGCAAUAUGAAUUGAGAUUUUCUCAUUUUCUUGAAGUUUUUCACUCGUAUAAAGAGUCGACCACCCCUCGCUAUUGAUCCACGUGUGUGCCACCUAAACCUGCUGCCACGAAUUGACACACGACACUCGGGUUCCAUUCGUUUCUUUCAUUUUUUGACGGCAGCUAGCGUUUGUUUUGUUUGACUGGCGAUAUUCGAUUUCUUUCCCCUAGGGCUGGGUUUUCUGUUACCUGCGUGCUAUCUGUUACACCUGAUUCUACGCCACUGCGCGCCUGUGUGUGUGUUUUUCCUGUGUGUACACUGCGCCAUGAUAACAUCUCAAUUCCCUAUUUUCUUUUGUCAUAUGAAAAUCUUUUCCAUACCGCGAGUUCACUUUUCCCUACUUUGAAUGACACAUUCUCUUUUCAACGUUUUAAUUGUCUCUCUCUGACAAUAACAGUCUCUUCUUUAUUCAGGUAUUUUUCUUUUAUUUCCCCGUGAGCAGCCUGCGCGUCGUGUGUGGCUGUGGUGUGGUGUAAGAUUACUUAUCUCUCCUGCUGCGAAAACAUGGCGCAGCGUAUUGCAUUACCAAUCAAGCUAAUUGCUCGAGCCCUAGCCGACCGGAACACACAGGGCUUGGGACAUGCACGGGCUCCCAGGCGUAUAAACCCCUCCAGCCGGAUGGUCUACAAUUGACUACGAAAUGAGGAAGAAGCCAUCCGUGAUGAAUGACACCCCCAAGGCGGAAGAAGGGACUGCUUGCAGCUCUACACACGGAGUCAUUCGAUCUGCUAUUAUUCAUCAUUUCCGAGACUUCCAGCUGGGCGCUGGGAAGUCAAGUUGAAGAGACUUUUGGCCAAGAAGCACGUGAAUACCGUUUGUGUGUGUGUGUUUUUUGGCCAACGGCCUUUGAAACGCUACUAGAUGGCUCUGACUUUUGGCCAGUAAAAGGAGCCGGGCCUUUUUCCACCCGGAAUCCCAAAAAUGGGUUGCACACUCUUCGUGAUAUAGACGGGUGAAUCCGCUACGAGCUCCCGUCAGUUGCAUACGUGCCGUCCUCACGGUCUGUUACAUUGCCCGGCUGCCCACUCAGCAGGUCUUCCCUUUAGCAAACCUCCUGGUUUGGUUAUUCGUGUCUGGCAUUUCCAAUUUGCGCAACAAACACAACAACAAUUUUAUCUGGAAACAGCCAGCAACUCAUUUUGCAGUUUCUUUGGCUCUGUGCGGAUGCUGGAUGGCAUCUUGUGGAUUAGGUGCAUCCGCCACCGUCAGCGCUCAGUUUACCAUCGUCCAACCGGCCUCAACAUGUCACCGCUCGUCUUCGUCUUGCUCUUCUUCACCGUUACAGGUAAUGUUCCAGCGGUUUGUGGGAGUGUCAGCGGCGUGACGGAUUCGGGUCCGAUGCUCCAAAUUGUGGAAAUGCGUGUGCCGUCGGUGGUGGAAGACGGGUCGGCCACGUCCGUCAUCCUCGACUGCGACUACGUCCUGCGCUCGGCCGACAAGAAAUCGGAGCUGGUGGUCCAGUGGUACUUCCAGAACGGUUCCAGUCCCGUCUACCAGUGGAUUCCAGGGAAAAGGCCGCAGGAUCUCGGCGUGCUCAAGGGCCGGCUCAAUCUCGACUACCGGGCCUCCAACGAUCCGCACAAGCGGCACAGGGCACUCGAAAUCCUCAAGCCCACUUACGAGCUGAGUGGCGUUUAUCGCUGCAAAGUCGCCACCGUCGAAGAGGAGGCCGUCGCCGCCCGCACCAUGAUCGUCUACACUCCGGCCCGGAAUCUGGAAAUAUGGCACCAGAAAAUGUCGUUCGACGCUGUCAAUGUCACAUGCCGAGUUGAAGGAAUUUCGCCCAGGCCCAAACUUCAGCUCUACCGCGGAGACCGUCCCGGGGUGGAGAUGGACGGAAUGCCUGCCGAAGUGGUGAAUCGACGCGGACUCUACGACGUGACACUCUACCGGGUCGUCCACGACCGCUCACUCCGCCAGGAGACGAUUUUCGAGUGCGUCUUGUCCAUUCCGGCCACGCAGUAUCAAAUCGCUCGGAGACUCAUUUACUAUCCAGGUCCGGCGCCUAUCCGGAGUAGCAGCAGUAGCAGCAGCAGUAUAAGUUCAGGUCGAAAUCCAAUAAAGAAGAAUCCCCCGGAUUGCAGCACAUACACUACGGCCGGAUAUUGUGCUUACACGCACUCGCCGAGGAGGAGGUACUCCAGGCUAAAACAAAACAAAACAAGUCAACUUCGCAAUUCAAUAACAAAAGGAACCAAACAGAAAAAAUGUCGCCACAUUCUUCCGGCUGCCCGGUAGGAUCGUCUGCCUGGAAGGAGAGAUUUCGACUGGCGGCGGCCGCCGGUCAGCACUCAGCACAUAUGUGACCGUCAGUGCCUUUAAACGCGGAAAACUGCCGAGAUUGGAUGGAAACUGCUGCUGGACUGGGUCUUCCUUCGCCCCAUCUUGAUUACAGCCGCCCAGCAGCUGAAAUGAUUCUCUCUCCUGGAAAUAAUUCAGACAGAGUGGUGGAACAGGCAAUGCACCCCCCCCGUUACGAAAAAAAAGGGAAAAGAACAGCAGCAGCAGCACAAGUCGGCGGACGGACCGGGUUAAUUCAUCUCUUUCGCCCGUCGGUCCAUUAACAG